AUGAUCCAUAUCAAGGCCGGCACAUUCGCCAGAGCCGUCACUUUUGGUCACGAACGACUACUGCACAGGAGUUUGGCUCGAAGACCCAUAUGUGCAGACGGGUUUCGUAACUUAAUAUUACAACCGCGAAGGGUUUCUACUAGCCAUUGGUUAUCCAACAACGGUCCCAGUCGAAGUGCCGCUGGCAGGAUCAGUGAAUCAGACAAAAGCUGGCAUCUUCCACCGCCACCAGCAUCGUCUCCGAUUGCCUCUGAACCGUUACAGCGAUUGAAGCACCCAGCGCGGGGAGGACAGGACCUCACGCAUAGAUACGCACGCCUUGAACGUGCCCUGAGAGGGAAGGAAGCAUACGAGCGCGAUAUUGAGGAGUAUGAAGAGGAUGAGGCGGAUGCCAGCGCAGAGGCGGCUGUUGCAGGAACUGGUGGAACGCCGAUCACGGUGAAGAGGAAGGGUAAAACUCCGUUCACAUUUGCAGGCUUUGCCAUACCUGAAAAACCGAAACCUCCGGGACCUGAUGAAUGCUGCAUGUCUGGCUGCGCGGUCUGUGUUUACGAUUUGUAUGAUGAAGCAGAGGAGGCAUAUGAGAAUGCUCUUGGAACUCUUCGCGCUGCCCUAUUCAAGAAAAGCAUUCCAGAGAAUACUUGGCCAGCACAAAUCCGUCGUGGCAGGCAGGGUGCUUCAGAUCGCAACCUCGCUGUACAUGACCCUGCAAAAGCGAGACAGGUGACGCUAAGUGCGUUCGAGCAGCUCGAAUUACAGCUUGCAUCUCGACGAAUACAAGAUCAGAAGCAGAACGAAGGAAGAUCGUCUCCAGGUUUAAGUCAAGCCACGGAGAAUAGUUCAGGUGAUGCUGGGUCAUACAAUCGGGAGUCGGUACACGACGAAUUGGCAAUGCUCCAUUUCGAUCCCAAUGACGACGUGACUCAUCGUUCGAAGCGGAAGUCGACGUCAAUUCGAGGCAGUUCCCGAAGUUCGAUUAUAGAUGGGAAGGCAAUAAUAGAGGCGCUUUCAUGGAUGCUGUUUAGUCGAAGAUGAGAGAGGUCAUAGAGCUACACAUGGACUUCAGCUAUAGUUCGUUUUGCAAUCUAUUCGAACGAGUAUAGCCUGUCGCAUCAUUAGACGAUUAUUUACGUUUAUCACGACGCUCAAAAGCCAGGUAAUCAUACAAAUAGUAAUGCC